AAAUAUUUUAACUUCUAGUUUAUUUAAUUAUUUAAACAAUGACGUGAAAUUUUACAUAAUAGUGAGGUGUGAUAUAAACAGUACAAUGUAACUUAAUUUGCGGUAUAUUUCGCACAAAUAAACACAAUACGCAACUGUCAUUAUGGCUGUCCUAUUUAUUUUUGUCAAUAAAUAAUUAUUUUUAUCAUUAAUGUGUAAAUAAAUAUGAAUUCAAAAUGAGUGAAAAGAGUUUUGAAGAUCGGUCAUCUACAUGGGACAUCCCGGGCCCGUCGUCGCUUGCCGCAAUUUUGGACACAGUAAAUACCUCUACAUCUGACAAUCAUCAAAGGCACGAGGAUAUGGACUGUGAGACCUUGUUUGCUGAGAGUGACGAUGAAGUGCAGGUUAUCAUGUCUAUGGAACCCUCGAACAACGAACCCAAGGGAGAAAUAUCAUCGAAUCAGAUCAACUCAACCUCUCCGGGGCAGCAAUACGAAGUUAACAUAUCUCAUCUAUCCGAACCAAUACCGGCCCGGACACCCAUACCCGAAGAAUAUCAGCCUCUUCCUGAUAGUUCGAGCUCACUAGAUUAUACUAGACAUAGCGGAAACUGCACAAAUGGUAAUGAACAAUUACUUAGAAAUGUUAAUAUAAGGUAUCAACCAAAAGAUAUAUCGCACCACAGGCCCUACUACUAUCACGGCUUAUACGGAAUGCAGUACGAAGACACGAGACCUAGAGAAUAUAUCGCAGCACCAUAUGUUCAUAAUAAUCUUCACGAUGAAAGAAAUGUCCUUCAUGUUGCUCGACCUAUAAAUUAUACGGCCUCUCCAGAACUGCCGACUCCACCUGACGUGAAUUUAACGUAUGAUGAGUUUCGGGCUGCAUGCAAUGCAGUCCCGCUACGUAAUCUCGAGAGAGAUAUGGAGAGGCCGAGCCGAAAACUAAAUAUCUCUCCUCGUAGAAGACAGUCGAAGGAAUCUGACAGGCCCCAUUUCAUAGAAGUGAGCUCUGAUGAGGAUGAAACUAGUAAUCCAAGGAAAAAGCCAUGUGACAGGGUAGCAAGCUCGGCCUCAUGUUCAAAUAAAGGGAGUGAAAGUGGCCCUUCAGCAGUACCAUUAGUAAAAAGGGAGAACCAAUCCCAAGAUUCAAGUAGUAGAGAACCAGAGCCUUUGAGGACUUUGAAUACAUGUCCUGGGACGAGCCAUCCAAACACAAUGAGAGAGCAGCACACAGCCUCCAGUCACAAUCAUCCCCUAAUAAAGCAGGAACCGAACCAAAACCCCCAAAACAAUUGCUCAUGUCGGAAUAUCCAUGUACAUCAGAAUUACUCCCAUGGGGAUCAUAAUCACAGAGCAAUUCCCAACUAUCACAACUAUCAAAACGGAGCUCAUCACCAUCAUAGACAUCAACAUCACAGACAUUUUCAUCAAAGUGCACCAAGUGGGUCCCAGAAACCCUCGACCGCUCAUAUCAAAGAGGAACCAGGAGUUCCACCUGUGAAUAUAAAAACUGAACCUUCUAGCAAUUUGGAGAGCACAGACACACCCAAUGUUCCUAUUAAAAUUGAGCCCAGUCAGGUUUCCGUGAAGACCGAACCGGGUAGCUCCAGUAGAAAUGAAGGUUCAGGUAGAAGUGACACUGCAGAACCUGCAAGGAGUGUGGUCAAAACGGAGCCACCGGAACGGAGGUGCUGUAAGGGGCCUGGAGAAAGAGUUGUGAAAGAAACACCUCCCCAGCCCGGUACUAGCUCUGGUGGGAAUACACAAGCUGCAAACCUAACCAGUGAACGUCAAGAUGCACAAGCUUCCGGUUCGAGUUCAGGGAAUGCGGUGCUCUCUGCACCCGACUUACAGUUGGACUGGGUGUCAGACUCUAGUACGGAUGAAGAGGUUUUAAUGCUUGGGGACAAUCAAAACUUUCGUGUUAUUGACCUUACGAAUUCACCAAAUCGGACCGAGCCUACGGAGAAUGAGCCACAAGUUCAAGACGGCACUGCUCCAUCUCCACGACCGUUGAUAGAGACCAUUCCGCUGCCGGGAGAGUAUGUGUAUCCUCAUCCACCAAUGCCAUCGCAUCCUCAUCUGUUGAGAACAAGAGCUAGGUGCAUGAUGUCGUGUCGGGGCUGCUGCUGCGCGCCGCGGCCGCUCGCGCCGCACCUGCCGCACGCACACCACCAUCUCAUUGGUGAUCGUCGUCGCGAGCUGCCGCCGCCGUACGUGGUGCAUGAGCGGCUGUGGCAAAGACAACAGCACAAUGCGGAGGUGCAGCGUCGCAUAUUGAUGCGGCCUUCCCUGUACGACAUGUACAACGUGCCGUACGCCGGCGCCGGCCCGUACGCCCGGCACCGCGACGCGUCGCCGAGAUCCACCGCGCUGCUGUCCUUUUCUGAUGACUACGAGAUGCGUGACAUACCACCUGCGCAUAUGAUUGUCGAGCCGCCGUUCGUCCAGCACCACAUGCACCACUACAUGCAGAUGCACCCUCCUCACCUCCACAUCUCCAUACAACCUUCCGGAUUGGGCGGCACCGGCACCGGCAGCAGCGUCGCGGCGCUGAUGCGCGCGGCGGAGGCGGCGGAGGCGCGGCGCAACGGGCGCGGCGCGUCGUCCGCCGUGAUCGAGCGCAACACGUACCGGCACGCGUACGCGCCGCCCGCCAACCACCGCGACGACAAGUGCACCAUCUGUCUGUCCGUCUUCGAGCUGCACGCCGACUGCAGGCGCCUGCCGUGCAUGCACCUGUUCCACAUGGAGUGCGUGGACCAGUGGCUGAGCACCAACAAGCACUGCCCCAUCUGCCGCGUCGACAUAGAGACGCAUCUCAACAAGGAUGCCACUUUCUAAACGUUUGUCUUCGAGGUUUGGUGCUCCUAUGAUAGCCCGCUGUUGUAUCUCCAAGCUCUCUUGCUGUAGUUCGUGGGUUAAAACUUUCUGCAUGUUGCAUGUCCUGCGUUAGAGAGUUUUUACAUUUAACCAAUUUGAUGU